GGGAGCGGAAGUGCGGCUGCCGCGAGGAGCGCGCGGGCAGCAUGGCGGCUGCCGGGAGGAGGAAGCUGGAGGAGCUGAGCGUCGACGAGUUUCUCGCUAAUGGCUUUGAAUCGGAGCCCGAGAGCGGUUCGGAGGAGGAGGAGGCCCGGCCGGCGGCGGGGGCGAGGCGGCCCCGGCCUCAGGCGGCCGUCCGAAAAAAGGGAAAAGCAUCUGAGCAUAAAGACCAGCUAUCCCGACUGAAGGAAAAAGAUCCCGAAUUUUACAAGUUUUUGGAAGAAAAUGAUCGCACGCUGCUGAACUUUGAUGCUUCAGACAGUUCUGAGGAGGAGGAGGGAGGGUUGCACGUCCCACCUGACACAUUAGAGGAAGCAAGUGAUGAAGAUGAAGACAGUGAUGAAGAAGAACAUGAGAAAGUCAAACAGAAGAAAGUUGAAUCCAUCCCUGUGAGCCUGAAGAUGGUUGAGGAAUGGAAGAAAGCUGCAGAGAGAGGGCUGACACCAAGACUUUUCCAUGAAAUCACUCAAGCAUUCAAAGCAGCUGUAGCAACUACCAAAGGAGAUAAUGGUGGGGCUGAUCCCAGCAAGUUUCAAGUCCUUGAUGCUGCAGUGUUCAAUGCCCUUGUGUCCUUCUGUGUCCGGGACCUCUUCAGCUACCUGCAAAAGCUGCUGCUUGUGAAAGCCCCUAAGAACAAACAAAAAAUGGCCCUCCCUUCCAGCAGUCCACUUUGGAGCAAAUUGCGACUGGAUGUAAGAAUGUACCUGUCUUGUACCAUCCAGCUCCUGUCUUGUUUAACAGAAGCCUCUGUUGGAGCAGCAGUCCUUCAGCAUGUCAGUUCCAUAGUGCCUUAUUAUCUGUCCUUCCCAAAGCAGUGCCGGAUACUUCUCAAGCAAGCAAUCCAUUUGUGGAGCACAGGUGAAGAAACAGUAAGAGUACUGUCCUUCCUUGUGCUGAACAAGAUCUGUCGCCACAGGAAAGAGGUGUACCUAAGUCCCUUGCUCAAGCAAAUGUACAUUGCAUUUGUGAAGAAUUCAAGGUUUACCUCCCCCAAUGUGCUGCCCAUGAUUAACUUCAUGCAGAGAACGCUGACGGAGAUGUAUGCCCUGGACACACACACCUCCUACCAGCAUGCCUUCAUCUACAUCCGCCAGCUUGCCAUUCACCUGCGCAGUGCAAUGACCAUAAAGAAGAAGGAGAACUUCCAGUCCGUCUAUAACUGGCAAUAUGUGCACUGCCUGUAUUUCUGGUGUCGAGUUCUCAGCACGAUCUACCCCAGCGAGGUCAUGGAGCCAUUGAUCUAUCCUCUGACACAAGUCAUCAUAGGCUGCAUCAAGCUGGUGCCCACAGCUCGUUUCUACCCCCUGCGCAUGCACUGCAUCCGUGCCCUCACAUUGCUGUCAGAGAACACCAGGACCUUCAUCCCAGUGUUGCCAUUCAUCCUGGAGAUUUUCCAACAAGUGGACUUCAACAAGAGGCCGGGGCGCAUGAGUGCUAAGCCUAUAAACUUUGCAGUGAUCUUGAAGCUUUCAAAUGCCAACCUGCAGGAGAAGGCCUACCGAGAUGGGCUCGUUGACCAGCUCUAUGACCUGAUUCUUGAGUAUCUUCAUUGCCAAGCCCACAGCAUUGGAUUCCCAGAGCUGGUCCUCCCCACUGUCAUUCAGCUCAAAUCUUUCCUGAAGGAAUGCAAGAUUGCCAACUACUGCAAGCCCAUCCGGCAGCUCCUGGAGAAGCUGCAGGAAAAUUCUGCCUACAUCGCCAGCAGGCGUCAGAAAGCUACCUUCGGUGUGGCCAGCAGGGAGUCUGUGGAACAAUGGGAGAAGCAAGUCAAAGAGGAGGGGACGCCUCUGACCAAGUACUAUGCUCAGUGGAAGAAGCUAAGAGAGAAGGAGAUACAACUGGAAAUCACUGGCAAAGAAAGACUUGAAGACUUGAACUUCCCAGAAAUUAAACGCAAGAAACCAGAUGAAAGGAAGGAGGAAGAUAAGAAGGAAUUCAAGGACCUGUUUGAGCUGGACACCGACUCUGAUGAGGAGAACGUUGGAUUCCCCAUAAAAGGUAAAGCCAAAGGCAAGGUGGCAUCAGACGACAGCUCAGAAGCCAGCAGCAAGGAGGACUAUGGUGAAGAUGAUGAGGAUGAAGAGGGAGAGUACGAAGUCGAGGAGGACGAGGAAGAUUUAGAGGAAGACAGUGACUCAGAUGAGGAAGGCAAGGCAGCCCCGCGGGGCUCACAGCGGGCACAGAGGAGCAGCUCCCAGGUGCUGUCGCGCUCCGACCUCGAGCAGCUGGCCCAGGGCGAGGAGGAUGUGGUGGAAGAUUUGGCCUUCUCCGAUGACGACUGAGCCCCCCCCGGACCCUGCAGCCCCCCUGGCUGGUUCUCCAGGAGGCGGUAAGCUCUGGGGGCAGGAGAUGGGGCCCGGCCCCAGGCCCAAGGACUGUUGUGGUGAAGCACAGCACUGAAGCUGCUUGGACUUUUUGCAGGUUUUUUUUGACCCGUGUUUUUUGGUGAUGUUCUGUGGUCACGUGGAAGCCAGUGAAACUGGCUUAGGUAAUAAAAAGCCCGCAUUAAAAUCUGCUUUAAAUAA